GAUGCCGCAAUCGUCUUCUUCCUCUUUGGAAACCCUAGGGCUUGGCAGCAGCUGCAGGAGGGGAACAGGUAGGGCUUGUUAGGGUUUAGGGUUGCUUCCUCUCAAAAAUGGCUCCUGCUAAAGCUGACCCUACUAAAAGGUCUGACUCAAAGGCCCAGGCCUUGAAAGUUGCCAAGGCUGUGAAAUCUGGUUCAACAUUUAAGAAGAAGGCCAAGAAGAUACGUACAUCAGUUACCUUCCAUCGGCCGAGGACAUUGAAGAAGGAUAGAAACCCAAAGUAUCCUCGCAUUAGUGCACCUCCAAGGAACAAGCUUGAUCAGUACCAAAUCCUAAAAUAUCCACUCACCACUGAAUCUGCAAUGAAAAAGAUUGAAGAUAACAACACCUUGGUUUUCAUUGUUGAUAUCCGCGCUGACAAGAAGAAGAUCAAGGAUGCAGUUAAGAAGAUGUAUGACAUUCAGACCAAGAAAGUAAAUACCUUGAUUAGGCCUGAUGGGACAAAGAAAGCAUAUGUGAGGUUGACCCCAGACUAUGAUGCUUUGGAUGUGGCAAACAAGAUUGGCAUAAUCUAAGACAUUUCAUUUUCCAGUUGUAUGAUUCUAGUUAGUAUUUUGGUUGUGGACAACUGAGGCAGGGUCUGGAUUCCAAUUUCUGUCAAGAAAUUGGGCCUGAGAUUUGAGUCUCUUCCUUUUUUAUUUCUAUAUGCCUUUGAAGUGCUGUUUGGUUUUAUUUCCAGUUAUACUUUGACCCUCUCAUUCUCGUACCAUAGCAACUGUUGAUACUUUGAGCUUCUGGGCCCAUUAUAUCAACUUAUUUGACAUAUACUACGACUUUUAGUGGUUA